AUGGCUACUGCUUGCGAUAACGAGGCACCUGAUUGCCCUAAACAUAUAAUCACCCCGCUCUCCGGCCAACAAACUGGAAACAAUGAGAAGAUAACCAUUAAACUCGAUGGCGUUGCAAAGACUCUUCUUAUACCUCUUAUUGCUCGCGUCUAUGACAAUAACCUCCCUGAGCCCAUUCUCGGCGAUCCAUACGCCAAAGAUGUCUUGGAGAAAAUCGAGGUUGACGUUGAUGCGAUGUCUCUGACACCCUUUAAAAACGGCGGCAUUGCCUUGAGGACAAGCCAAAUGGAUCGAUGGGCAGCGGCAUUCCUCAAGAAUAACGCCAACGCGACUGUUCUCCAUUUGGCGUGCGGUUUUGAUAGCCGUAUGCAACGGGUCGAAUGGGGCGAGAGAACUCGAUGGAGCGAUAUUGACUUACCAGAAGUCAUUGAGCUUCGAAAGAAAAUCCAGCCCCUGUCCUUACCUGGGCGAGACUAUUCUCUUAUUGGCGUUGACGUUCUUGAUGAGAACUGGAUGCAAGAUAUUGGUGAAGUUUCCGGGCCCGUGCUAGUUAUAAUGGAAGGAUUGCUGGCCUAUCUACCGGAGAAAGAUGCGAGAGGGCUUUUGCAACGGAUCUCCCAGACAUUUUCAGAAGGGGAAAUGUUGUUCGAGAGUGUGAGCUCUGCCACGCUAAAAUGGCUCAAUCGACCAGAAUCACUGAAAGCUGUGAGCGAGACUGGGACCCAAUUCCAAUCCUCCAUUGACGACCCGAUGGCCUUGGAAGAUCUUCAUCCACAUCUCAAAUUGGCUGAGUCUGUUCCUGUUGUACAGUUACCAGGCACCGAAAAGCUUCCUCUUGUCGGUCGCAUGCUCAUGUAUUUUACUUCGUGGUUUCCAAGUGGACGUGAUUCAGCGAGACUCUUGCGCUUCCGAUUUGGAGAGGCAAAGUCGCUCGGAGUACUGCAAUAA